GGACCUGGGUUGGCAGCUGCUACCUGCGGUGCAGAGCGAGGAUAUGGAUCGUGGGCAGAGCCAGGGGGCUGCACGGCUGCAACUGCUGCAGCUUCUGUGGCUGCUGCCCCGCUCCUGGGCCGGCCCUGCAGUGGCUGCUCCGGCCUGGCGGGAUGAGCUGCAAAACCACACGUUCCUGCACACGGUCUUCUGCCAGAUGGGGAAUCCCUCUGAGGGGCUCUUCGAAGCCUAUGACUCGGACCUGCUCUUCUCCUUCGACUUUUCCCAGAGAACCCGUGUGCCUCGCCUGCCCGAAUUUGCUGACUGGGCCCAGGACCAGAGCGACAUCUCUGACAUUUUGUUUGACAGAUGGUUCUGCCAGCAGUUGGUCCAGAAUGUGGGCCCACAUCUUGACGGGAAGAUCCCGGUGUCCCGAGGCUUCCCCAUCGCGGAGGUGUUCCCGCUGAGGCCCCUGGAGUUUGGCAAGCCCAACACGCUGGUGUGUUUCAUCAGCAACCUCUUCCCGCCCAUGCUGAGCGUGAGUUGGCAGCACCACUUGGAGCCGGUGCAGGGAGCUGGGCCCACCUUCGUCUCGGCUGUCGAUGGACUCAGCUUCCAGGCCUUCUCGUACUUAAACUUCACCCCACAGCCCUCUGACCUUUACUCCUGCAUCGUGACUCACGAGAUCGACCGCUACACAGCAGUUGCCUACUGGGUGCCGCAGAACGCACUGCCCUCGGCUCUCCUGGAGAAUGUGCUGUGUGGCCUGGCCUUUGGCCUGGGUGUGCUGGGCAUCAUUGUGGGCACUGCCCUCAUCAUCUCCUUCCGCAGGCCUUGCUAAGGGACUGAUUCCCCCGACCAGAGCCAGAUGCCAGCAGCUUCCAAAGUCCGAGCAGGGGGUGCUCAGGGCUCUCACAGCCCGCCCAGGAUGUCCCCCACCGAGUGUGUGUGUGUGUGUAUGUGUGUGUGUGUGUGUGUGUGUGUGUGUGUAGGGGCUCUGCUGUCCCUGGCCUUGUGUCUGGAGCAGCCCAGGGUGGUCAUAUCCCUCCCAACUUCAAGGCAAUAAAUGUCA